AUGUCAAAUACCUUGGGAAGUGUUUUUGGAUAUCUGAAGAGCAUAGAGAACGAAAUCAAUCAAAACCUGAAGGCCAGCAACAGUGAUGAGUCUUCACCAUCACGUAACUCUACAGCUUCACUCUCUGUGUCAAAUGAUUCCAAACUAUUAGAUGAGUUGAAUGCCUAUAGGGAAAUGGUCGAAAAGAUGCGAUCUGAUCAAGUCAAAUCUGCUGAAAAUAUUGCUACUAUGCAGCGCUCCUUGCAAGCUGCCAACCAAAAGGCUCAGCUAUUGGAGCAAGAGCAAGCUAAAACGUCUGAAUUGGAAAAGAACUUGAACCAGCUGAGACUCAAGGCAAAGCUGAAGAUUACAGAGAUGAACAAGGAAAUCGAGAGCUUAAAGGCCAAAAAUACUAGCCUCAACAGUGCCACUACCAAUGGCGAUAAUAGUAUACUGAUCAAAAACGAACUGGAUACUCUCAAGGCAGAGUAUGCUGCUGCUCAGGCUACAAUAACAGAUCUAAACAGUCGACUGGCCUCCUCUACCUCGGCUCUUCCUCCAUUCGACGAAGCUGCACAGGAUCAGAUAGAAGAGCUUCAAACCCAGUUAUCUGAAGCUCUGCAAUCAGUAGAAGCUGUAGAAAAAGAGAAACGAAAUUUUGCAGCUAGGAUUGUCGAACUCGAAGAUCAGAGUCAAAAUAAUGUGUCCGAACUUGAAGCAGAGCUUGCUCAAUAUAAACAGAUGGUGCAGGCACAAUCUGCAGAUUUGGAAGAAUUACGCGAAAAGGCCAAUCAUGCCGAAAAUAUUGACAUAGAAGCUGCCAAGUAUCGUAAUUCCUUGGAUCAGCUAGAAGCUGCACAUCGCCAGACUUUAGAAGAACAUCGUAAAACUACAGAAGAACAAGGGUUGAAGCAUCGUGAAGCACUUGAUAAACAGGAAGCCACGUAUCGCACUGCUUUGGAAGAAUCGUCCGCUGGCUCGUCAGAUACGUGGCGAAACAUGUUGGAAGCCAAAGAGAAGGAGUUUGCUUUGCUAAGUCAAGGAUUCGAAGAGCAAAUCAAGACUCUACAGGAACGGCUACAUAAGGAUCAGCAGUCAAGAGAUGUAGAAAUCAGCAAGGCUCAACAAGAGCUGUUACAAAAGUUGGAUGAUGAACGAGAUUACACACAAAGCGAAAUCGUGGCUCUAAAACGUGCUCAUGAAACCGAGAGGGACAGUUUAGCAGGCCAAUUGAGAGAAGCUACCAGCACAUUGAAAGCAGUAGAUGAUGGUACUGCCUAUGCCAAUAGAAUAGACGAACUGACUAAUCUGCUCGAAGAGGCUCAAAAGCGCUUCUCUGAAAAGGACGCACUUUGUCAAGAGCUAGAGUCUAGACUGAAUAGUAUGAGCAGCGUCAGCAAAGAAAAAGACGAGCUGGCCGCUCAUCUUGAAUCUCUACGUAAAACAUUGAGUCGUCAGGAAGAAGAGACUGCUCGUAUUGUUCAGGGUUUGGAGAAGUCCUUGAGCGAUAAACAAACUGAACUCUCCAAGGUUCAGACUGAAGCUGCUCGUUUACAGUCUGAAUCUUCCAAGCAACAACCUGUAAAUCUCGAGAAUGGGCAGCUUGGUGAUAAAUUAUUUGUGUUUCAAGAGCAGGUCAAAGAUGGGCAAAUCCAGUUGGCGUCCAAACAAGCCGAAGUAGCUUCAAUAACGGAGCAGCUGCAACAAAAGACUGAUGAACUAGAAAAAACGAAACAGGAUACUGAUGAUCGUAUCAAGAAGAUGAAAGGAAUCAUGGCUGCAGCAAACAAGAGUAUUUCAGAUAAUAGAGCCAAUAUUGGCAAGAAAGAGGCGGAGAUUGCUGAAUUGAAAUCACAGCUAGAAUUGGAACGGCAGCUUCGUCAAACCAGACAAGAAGUAUCUGAUACCAAAUCUGAAUUCUCCAGCUACAAGAUAAAAGCAGCUGCAGCAUUACAAAAGAAUAGCUCGACUUUGGCCGAGUCUCGCAUACGAGAAUUGGAAGACACUAUCGCCAAGUUGGAGAGAGACAAGAUGGAUUCUGCACGUGAAGCAGAGACUUUACGUGGCCGUAUCAAGCAUUCAGAGUCAGAGUUGGAUGAAGCUACAAAUCAAAUGGCAGUCUUUGAGUCUCAAAUACUUAAAUUGGAACUUACUGCUCGUGAAGUUGUAUCGCUCAAGCACCAACUAGGUAUGAAACGUCUUGUCAUAUCGGUUGUUGCAUUCAUUGAUUGGCCUUCAUGUGUACUAGAUGCUGUCAAUAGAAGGAUUGAGCUUGAUAAGGAAGCUCACGACGAAGCCCUCAAAGUCAAGGACUCUAUACACGCCAAUACUAUAGAAUCGGUUCGAGCAGAAGCACGACGAGCCAUGCACGAAACCGACGAAGCCAUUCGUCGUAAAGAAGAAGAAAUGUCUUCUUUACAAGCAAUAGCAGAACGAUUAUCAUCCGAAUUAUCCAGCGCUCGUGAUGACUUGACUCGUACCAGAGCAGACCUAGAACGAUUACGACAAGUAGCAGCUAGCGCAACAACCAAAUCAACAUUGAGCGCUGAUGAUGUUAAUCGUAGGAUGAGUGUUGACACUCAUUUUGUCGAUGGACGACCUGCUGCUGCUUCUUCUUUACACGGAGAUGGAUCUGUCAAUGGUGGUGCUGGAGUAUCAGCUCAGAGAUCAUUCAUACGACAUAGUCAAUCACAAACAAAAUUCGAGGACUUGUUGUCUGUUGAUGAUAGGCUGCCUAGUAGUGCGUAUCCUGGGACUCCCACGACUGCUGCAUCGAGUAUGCGAGACAAAGAAUAUUUGGCUCAGAUUAAGGCAUUGUCUGAUAUGGUCGAUGAGAGUGAGACUACAAUACAGAGAUUGAUUGAGCAAGAAAAGAUAUUGAAGGAGGAGAUUCGAAAGACUGAACGAGAACAAAGUCGUAGUAAAGAUCUCAGUACUGAAUAUCUGAAGAACGUCGUUCUGUCGUUUAUUGAAGCUACUGAUCGCAGUAAUAUGGUGCCAAUCGUAUCGCAAAUGUUGCAUCUUUCUCCUGAAGAACGGGAAAGGUUGAGCAAGGCAGCUGCCAGAGCUACUGUCGUCCCUACAGAUCCAUUGAGCUUGUCCUUUGGAUGGGGUUGA